AUGUCUCCAGAGCCGGAGAAGCCUAAGAAGGCCCCUCGGAAGCACGUCACGACGGCUUGCGUGCCCUGUCGUGAGAGUAAGAUCCGGUGCGACGGGUCAACACCGCAUUGCCAGAAUUGCCAGCGGAAAGGAAAAGCCUGCAAGUACCAACAUGGAGACGACAAACGCAAGGUCUCUCUUCGAGCUGCGACGGAGCUUUUCUCUGCGAGAAUUGACCAGCUUGUUCAAUUUAUUCAUGAUCAGGGAUUGGAACCGCCACCUAUGGGACCGGAUGACGAGGCGGGUAUGAAUCGGGUUCUUGAUACCCUGCAAAUCCCGCGAGGUGUCGCCAGGACAAAAGUUUCUUCAAAUGAUGGCCAAAUGCCCCGGUCUGACGUGCAUCACUCGGAUGGAUUGGAUCAAUCUCCGGUGCAGAGCUCGCCAACCACGACACCGAAUGGUCAACCACAGCAUCAGGCACAGCUGUCAACUGAGACUGCACCUACUGGUGCUUCGCCUUCGCAGGGCAUUAUGUCGAAUCAGCAGCUGUCGUCUAUGGAACCAUGGAGUCCGUUCGGCAUGGUGCGAGGUGUACCGGAAAAUCAGAACUUUGUGCACUGGGGCUUCACUUUACCGACAGCGGAAAGCUUGGAUACGAUAUACGCGAAUAUCAACGGAGGAUCAGGCUUGCCAGUCAACACAAACCUGAGCCCGGACAGUUUCCCGCUGGGCAUGGACAUGGCACAGCAGCCGGGUGUCUUGCUAAGCCAAGUCCCCCAAGACCGCGACCACGAGUCAGACAGCGAUGAAGAGAACGAGGCCGAGAACGACGUGAUCGAGCAGCUUUCUCAUCGAAUUGGCACGCUGAAAAUAGCAGGGGAUGGCCACUUGCGAUUUUACGGUGCGACGUCUAAUCUAAAUUUAGUCGAUGUAUCUGCGACACAACAGCGACAGCGACCAGACGCACGGACUGUGCGUCACGAUGGGCAGGAUAUUCUGAACCAUCUUCGUGUCGGUCAACCGGUUGAUCAAGCUUUGGAAGAUCAUCUCGUGGAGUUGUACUUCACGUGGCAGAAUCCCAGCAUUUAUGUCGUGGAUAAAGAAAUGUAUAUGACGGCUCGACUGAAGUGGCGCAAUGAAUUUGACGACACUCCGUUCUACUCCGAGGUUCUCACGAACGCUAUGUGUGCGAUUGGAAGUGCAUUCGAAGCAAGAUAUCAUCCGACAUUUAUCACGUUUCCUAAAUCUCUGGCCGAGUUCUUUGCCGACAGGGCCAAGGCGUUGCUGGAGAUUGAGCUUGAUUCGCCUUGUGUGGCGACUGUUCAGGCUCUUGUUCUGAUGAGUUGUCACGAAGGAGCAUCCAAUCGAGAUGCCCGAGGCUGGCUGUAUAGUGGAAUGUCGAUGCGACUCGCCUUCGACCUCGGCUUGCACCUUGAUAUGACAUCGUAUGUCAACCAAGGGGACAUGAGUGCCCACGAGGCAGAUGUUCGACGUGCUGCGUUCUGGGGCAGCUAUAUUGCAGAUCAUUUUUGGGGAUUCUAUCUGGGUCGUCCAUUCCGAAUGAAUGCCGGAGAUGUGACGGUCCCAAAACCUGCUUCGACUCUUGGUGUCGAGAAAGAAGGGGUCUGGCAUCCGUAUGGACUUCAAACUACGUCCAAGACACUAGAGGACGGUCUACAAAAUCCCACUGAGCUAAUCAGCCGGCAAUUCGUGGUUUUGCCACAUCUUAUACGGUUGUUCGGAUAUCUCCCCCACGACCUGCAAAGAAUCACCUUCCAAGUAACAGAGGACCUCUUCGCCUGGAAAGCCAACCUCCCAUCAACUCUCCAAAUCGAUCUAGACGACGAUUCCACUCCAAAACUCCCCCACCUUCUCAUCCUCCACAUGCAAUAUCAUCAAAUAAUCAUCUUCUUCCACCGCCCCUGGGUAUCAAAGAGCUACAUCCAACCCCGCAGUCCCCGCCAGGGCCCAGGCUACCACCACGCCCGUCGCAUGUGCGUUGAAUCCGCCACGGCAGUAGCCCGCUUGCUACACAUAUACGAGAAGCACUAUACAUUCCGACGCAUGAACAACCAAGUGGUCGCGAUAAUCUUCAGCGCCGCGCUGAUGCUCCUCUUCGUCACAGUCUCCAGUUCCCCAAUACUCCCGACUAAACCGGGCGAGUCGAGUACCGUGCACCCACGUAACGCGGAGAUGGUCGCGUACCUGAACCUGUGUUUCCGUGCACUGGAUGAACUGGGCCAGUCCUUUGAGAAUGCGAAGCGCACGCGUGAUUACCUAGUUACUUUGCAACGACGCUGGCAAGCCCAUAUGCGGCGGACUGGAUCCGGCGCGAAGAGGCAGAUCAGUAGUGCGAAUUUGCCGGCGAUGGCGGGGCAGGGAUCUUCCACGCAAGUCUCCCAGAAGGAACAUGGGAGUGAUGUAUCGCGCAAGAAGACGCGCCUCGUUGAUACUGGCACGCUUAACCGCACAUCAGGUGACUCGUCUACCUCCAUGGCCGCUGGGCGGUCUUACCAGCAGUACCCCUCUCAGCAGCAGCAACAACAACAGCAGUCCUUCCAACAACACCCUUUCUCCUCGCAAGCAGCGCAAGCAAGUGAACUUGAUUGGAUUCGGAACACAGAUUUGAAUCUUCUUUCUGAUGGCGAUGUCAGCGGUAGUCCGAAUCAUGCUUUGGGCACUCUCUCGCAAUCCCAGUUCCCUGGUGAACCGGGCAUGUUGCCGGAUCUGGGUGAUAUUGAGGGGUGGUGGAGUCCGCCUCAUGGGACUGGGAUGGGAGGGACGGCGUUGUAG